AUGGAAGUCUUUCUCCACCGUGUCCCAGCGGAUCUUAAUCGACAUGGCUUCAAACGCGAACUUCAGCCUUUCAUGAAGAAUCUACAAAUUCAAGACUUUAUUUGCGAGAAGCCCAGGAAGAAAUGGUUUGGCACUGUUACCUUUCUGCACGUCGGCGAUGGAGAAAGAUUUCUGCAAGCAUAUGGCGAAAAGCAGAAUCUGCUUAGUCCUCUCCACCGGGCCCCAAAGUCGAGUUUGAAUCUUAUGGGAGUUGAUGUGUGCUGCAAGCCAAGCAGAUUUCCACCAAAGCCAUUCGCCCUGCGGACGCUGGAGCACGAGGCCCAAGAAAGGGCAAUGGGAUACCGAGAGCGACAAGAGGAGUCUGUCGUUUUGGAGCUGCAGCAAUACAGCUGCGGAAGAUGUGACUUUGUCGGGGACCAGUUGACAUACAGUCCGGAGGUUCAAUGGUCAGCCAGAGGAACUGUGAAAUUCAAGACGCGAUCGUUGAUCGUCAACGUAAUUCCCAAAUGUCGAAUUCGAAUACCCCUUGCCACUAUUGUUAGCUUGAUAUACUCCAUUGAAGGUACUCUCACAGUUACCCUCUCUGAUGUGCCCUUCUUCUUUGAAGUCAUAGAGACUUUCGACGAACCAGUGGGCUUGCCCUCUAAUCGGAUACGUUUGUCCAGUCUAGGAAACGGGCACGAUCAGAUCGUUGGGCAGUGCUUGGUGUAUCAGUUCAAAGUUUCUGCAGUGGACUUCAGGGCGAAAAUAGAAAAACUCAAAGAUUGGGACGUGACCAUCUAUCGUUACAAUCUGGCUCCAGCAGGGUCCCUCUUAUCCUCACAGUCAGCCUCAGUUGACUUUCGUAAACUCCUGACUGAGUUAGCAGAAUGUACGCGCAAUAGAUAUAUGCCAUUUGGGGUUCUCUUCCAACUGCAGGCAUUGGCACAAAAUGCGUAUCUGCAUCCCACCACUACUCGCCGUUUGACUGAAAGGCUACGUAUGAAAUUCGACGAGGAUAAGGCAGCAGGACGAGACUCCAUGACCGUGGAAGGAAUCAGAAAGCUUUUUAAUAUGAUCGGCUGGCCGUUUCCUGGAGAUGAUCCAUGGGGCUAUGCGGUAGACUCUCUUCUGACGACGCUUGAGGAGAACAACAGGGAGAUACAAGACGGCUUCGCCUAUCGUGAAGGGCUUCAUGAGAACACAGCGAACAUGACAAAAGUCCAUCGGGUCAAUGUGACCCCCACGCGGAUUACAUUGCAUGGACCGGAAAUGGAACCGCAAAAUCGGAUUCUGCGUAAGUUUCCCAACCAUCACGAGUACUUUAUACGUGUACAGUUCUGCGACGAGAAUGGAGAAGAUUUGCUUUUCAAUGCAAAAGUGGAUUUCAAGGAUAUCUUUGCGCGGUUCAAAGACAUCAUGACAAAGGGGAUCCAAAUCGCCGGUCGCACAUAUAACUUUCUUGGGUUUUCACAUUCCUCGUUGCGAUCUCACACGGUUUGGUUCUCCUCUCCAUUCGUCGACGAUAAUGGUCAUAUGCAGACAUACUUUUCGAUAAUCAGUGCAAUCGGCAAAUUCUCACAUAUAACGUCACCGGCACGAUGCGCAGCCAGAAUCGGCCAGGCAUUUACUGAAACGCCCUUCAUGGUUCCAUUAGAAAAGCAUCGGGUGCGAGUUUCAACGAUUCCGGAUCUGACGUCGCCGGACGAUUCACGGGUCUUCAGUGAUGGGGUCGGGGCUAUUUCAAAAGAGGUGGUGGCAAGUAUUUGGGCCGACAUACCACUCAAAAGAGGAAACCCUACAUGUUUCCAGAUCCGCUUAGGUGGGGCGAAAGGCAUGCUUGCUGCUGAUACCCGAUUGCCCUCUGCAGUCAUUCAAAUCCGCCCGUCAAUGAUCAAGUUCGAUAGUGAGGAUAUGCAGAACCUGGAGAUCUGCAAUAUGGCAUCCAGACCUUACCCCAUGGUUUUGAAUCGUCAAGUGAUCAAGAUCUUGGAGGACAUGGGUGCCCCUCAGGAUUGGUUUUUCCAAAUGCAGAACGAAGAGCUGACGCGCCUUCAAUCGAUCACCGUCAGUACAGAUAAGACAGCAAGGUUUCUUAAGGACAAGGGAGUCGGCGAGUGCAUUGGUCUGUAUCGACUCUACCGUCAAUGUUACUGGACACGCUUGAACUAUAAGAACGACGGUUUCCUCCGUGCCAUUGUCGAGGCGGUGGUUCUUAGGGAGCUCCGGCUCCUGAAGCAUAAAGCGCGAAUCCCCGUGGAAAAAGGCAUGACACUUUAUGGGGUUAUAGAUGAAACAGCUUUCCUUCAAGAAGGCGAGGUUUAUGUGACAUUUGACCGUAUGGAAGGGCAAUACGCGGCGCCUCCCGGGCCUGGGCAUGUCUUGGUGACUCGGUCGCCUGCGCUUCACUGUGGUGAUAUUCAACGUGCCCAAAACGUCCUACCCCCAGAAGACCAUCAUUUAAGGUACCAUCGGAAUUGUAUUGUAUUCAGCCAGAAAGGAAGUCGGGACCUGCCUAGUAAGUUGAGUGGGGGGGAUCUUGAUGGUGAUUUGUAUCAUGUUAUCUGGGACCCCGACCUGGAGAGCGUUGAGACAUUUGCACCUGCAGAUUACCCGCGUCCCACGUCUAUUGACAUAGGGCGUGUAGUGGAGGUAGGUGAUAUGGCUGCAUUCUUUGUGGAAUUCAUGCGGUCCGAUAUCCUUGGCAUGAUUGCUAUCCGCCAUAUGAUCAUGGCGGAUCAGGCUGAAUCGGGAACCAGGGAUGCUUCAUGCCGCGUCCUGGCCGGGCUACAUUCGAAAGCCGUGGACUUUUCCAAAACUGGAAUUCCUGUCAAUAUGAUGGAUAUGCCUAGAGUGAACCGCUAUCGACCAGACUUUCUGGCGCCAGGACCCCAAACACGCCUCUAUAAUAAAUCCAAGAUCGGCCUUGAGCAGCAUGUUUCGCAUGCGAACUAUGAUGACAACGAUGAUGAUGUCGAGGAGCCCUACCGCUACUAUAAGUCAGAAAAGAUCCUUGGAAAGCUAUUCAGGGCCAUUGAUGAGCAAAACAUCUGGCGCAAACACAUCCUUUCUGAAGCUGCUACGAAUGACGAAUAUUUUUGGAAUAGUGUGAUUGCGGACUGCCUCACAAGGUGCAAGUCUUUGUCACGAACCCCAAAAGAGGAGCAUCUGGACGAAGCAAAGCGGAUACGAGCAGCCUACGAAGAUGCUAUUGUUUCGACAAUGGAUACUUAUUCUGAUCAUCCAACCAAGCCUAUCAGUGAGUUAGAGGUGGUCAUUGGGUCUAUCAUUAACAGACGGGGUGUACAGACCCGCCGCCAACGUGACCGAUCAGAUAAACUUCACGAGGAGUUCGACCGGAUUGCUACAUGGGCCACAAACAUCAUGCGCCGCCAGGAGGUCCAGGACCCCGAUCCUAAUGGCUUAGAGCUAUCCAUGGCGUGUCUUUAUCAUGGCACCCACGUGAGCGAUUCCGGCCGCCGCAAGGAGGUAUACGGUGAGCUUAAGAGCUUUAGGGUUGUUGCUGUCUGUGCACUGUUGGCCGAAUUGGAUUAUCGCGAUAAGGAUGGUCCGAGGAAUUGCUUUACUAUGUGA